CUGCUGCCACCCUUUUGUAAGCGGCCGUAGCUUUUCGUUGCGGAAGCCUGUUCUGCGACAAGGUCACCUACAGUGGGCUGCUGCGCCGGCUUCAACGUUGGGACGAGACAAGGCCCGAUAAGCAGCAUCUGACCAUCGCCUGAUAACGCUUCCCUAAUAUCGAGCGAAAGAACCGACCAUGGCGACCGUUGCAGAACCACCGAAGCCGCAGCAGAUGUAUGCCGUCCACGCAAACACGCUGCUUGAGCACCUCAGCUCUCUGGACAUCAACCAGCCGACGUCGUUCGUCAGGCUGACUGGAAUCAUCUGCACUAUCGGCCCUGCAUCGCAGAGUGUGAAGAUGCUGUUGAACAUGAUGAAAUGUGGCAUGAACAUUGCCAGGUGCAACUUCUCACACGGUUCUCAUGAGUACCACGCGCAAACCAUCAAGAACAUCCGUGAAGCAAACCGCUUGCUGAACGAAGAGAUCAAGCCUGAUUCUCGUCAGAUUGCCAUCGCUCUGGACACCAAGGGCCCCGAGAUGCGCACGGGGGUCAUCACCGGGCAAGAGGGCAAGACAACUGAAAUUGAAAUGAAGAAGGGUGCAACCAUCACCGUUACCACAGACGAGGCCUUCAAAGACAAGUGCGACGAGAACACUCUCUACGUAGACUACAAGAACAUCACCAAGGUGCUCAACGUGGGCAGCAAGGUCUACAUUGAUGAUGGACUCAUCUGCCUCUCUGUGAACGAGAUUGUUGAUGACAAGGUGAUCUGCACCAUUGAUAAUGGUGGCAUGCUUGGUAGCAAGAAAAGUAUAAACUUACCUGGUACUGCGGUCGACCUGCCAGCGAUCUCCGAAAAGGACAAAUCUGACCUGCUGUUCGGUGUUGAACAAGAGGUAGACAUGAUCUUCGCUUCUUUUAUUAGAAGUGCUAACGGUGUGAAGGAAAUUCGACAAAUCCUGGGUGAGAAAGGCAAGGACAUCAAGAUCAUGUGCAAGAUCGAAAACGAUGAGGGUGUUAACAAUUUUGAUGAAAUCCUUGAUGUGGCUGAUGGCGUUAUGGUGGCCAGGGGUGACCUGGGAAUCAAUAUUCCAGCUGAGAAAGUUUUCCUGGCUCAGAAAAUGAUGAUUGCUAAGUGCCAGAUGCUUGGCAAGCCAGUCAUUUGUGCUACUCAGAUGUUGGAGAGCAUGACCCACCUGCCACGGCCCACCCGAGCCGAGGCAUCCGACGUGGCCAAUGCAGUUCUGGACGGAGCCGACUGUGUAAUGCUCUCCGGCGAGACCGCCAAGGGAGACUACCCUCUGGAAGUGGUGACCAUGAUGCACAAGAUCUGCGUCGAAGCAGAGUCCGCCUUCUACCAGAAGGAUGUCUUCGUCCACCUGUCUCACAUUGCUCCCUGCCCCACGGAUGGCACCCACACCAUUGCCAUUGCUGCUGUCACGGCAUCCAUCAAGUGCCUCGCCGCUGCAAUCGUUGUCAUCACUACCACUGGCAGGACUGCCCACCUGAUUGCCAAGUACAGACCCCGGUGCCCCAUCCUGGCAAUCUCUCGAAUGGAGCAGACCGUUCGCCAGGCCCAUCUCUACAGGGGUAUUCUGCCAUUGCUCUACCAGGGUGAGCGCCAGGCUGACUGGCCUGCUGACGUUGAUGCUCGCAUUGAGUACGCCCUCGAGGUCGGCAAGCUGCGUGGUUUCCUGCGCAAGGACGACGCCGUCAUCGUCGUGACCGGUUGGCGCAAGGGCGCCGGGGCCACCAACACCCUGCGUGUUGUGUAUGUGCCUGAGAACAGAAUGUUUGAGGGUGUUGAGGGAGACCACCAUGUGCCUUGAACCUGGGUCCAAGCUCUGCCUGCUUCGAGACCAUGCAUGCUGUGCAAAAUUGCAAGGUGGUGGCAAAAAUAAAUGCAAAAACUGUUUAUUCUCCCCA